AUACCAUUGAUAGUACACUCAUAGAAAGCAACAGAAAAAAUUACAUAGGAAUGCGGUAUUUCAAGAAUGUAGUCACCGUUAUUAUGGCAUAUGACAUUAUCGUUUCACAUUAUUAAACAAGUGUUACCACACCGUAGGUUAUUGUGUUUCAUUCUGAAUUAAGUUUUUUGUUUAUUGUGACUGACAAAAUGGAAAAUUCUUUAAAUCACAUGUUAGAUGGUCAAGCAAUUGAUCCAGAAAUUGCUAAGUGUUGCGACUUUACUUUAGCGGAGCAAAACGCAGCUGCUGAGGCUCAAGGAGUGGCUCCUAGUGCGCCCUCGGACUACGUACCAAAGUUAGGUGACACUGUCACAUACAUUGUGGCAUGUGUUUUAGUGAAUGAUAAAAAUGAAGUCCUAAUGAUGCAGGAGGCAAAGCAAUCAUGUGCUGGUAAAUGGUAUCUGCCAGCAGGCAGAAUGGAAAAGGGUGAACUGAUUAUCGAAGCAGCAGUCAGGGAAACUUUAGAAGAAACAGGAAUGCAUUGUGAUGUUAAAACACUUAUAACAAUUGAGUGUGCCGGAGGUUCUUGGUUUCGAUUUGCUUUCACAGGCAAAGUAACAGGUGGGGAACUAAAGGUUCCCGCAAAAGCAGAUCAAGAGUCAUUGCAAGCAAAAUGGAUUUUAAAUAUUGACGAACUAUCAUUACGAAGUAAAGAUAUUAUGCAUCUAAUAGAUAGGGGUCGUGCCUAUCAUGAAGCCAAGUUAUUGAAAAAUGUGUUUUGGCACACAGAUACAUUGCCAAGCAAACUGGAACAUAAAAAUCUAUUGAGAUUAGUGAUUAUAAUUAAAAAACGAGCUACAAAUCGCGUAAAUGUUUUAUUAAGUGAGAAAACAAUGUUGCAUUUUCCAACAACAGAAAUACAUCCAGCAAGGAAUGUCCAUUCAACACUGAGACGCUUCAUGGUUGAAAUUUUUGGUGCUGAAUUACCGCAACACAGACCUCAUGGAUUAAUAUCUGUGGAGCACAAUCCAUUUGAUUCAAAAAAUGAUGGCUUUUGUAUGACACUUUUGGUGACAUUCAGAUCUCCUUUGGAAGAAGUUCCAAUAAUAGGAAAAUGUAUAUGGCAUGAAGUAUCAAAAGAACUUGGAGAUAAAUUAUUAAAACGAGUAUCAUCUAAAAACGCAUCAGUGUUAUUACAUGUUAUUCGCUAG